AUGUUGACAAAGUUCGAUCCAACAAACCAAAAAGCGUGUCUGUCUCUGCUUGAGGAUAUCACCAGUAACGCAAAUCAGAUUCAAGAUUCCGUUUUGGAAGCAAUACUUACACGUAAUGCUCACACCGAGUACCUUAGAGGUUUCCUCAAUGGUCAAGUAGAUAAGCAAAGCUUCAAAAAAAACCUACCCAUUGUGACCUACGAAGAUUAUCACUCUUAUAUUGAUCGUAUCGCUAAUGGAGAGCCCUUUGAUCUCAUCUGUGAUCGACCCAUUAUUGUUCUCUUGGCCAGCUCAGGUACUUCAGGAGGAGUUCCAAAGUUGAUACCUUUCACAGCAGAGGAAUUAGAACAAAGGAUGUUGUUUAUAUCUCUCUAUAGACCUAUACUCUUCAAGCACAUCGAAGGGCGUAGUGAAGGAAAAUCUCUCAUGUUUUAUUUUGUGACUAAAGAAAGCGAAACAGCGUCUGGAUUGAUGGUUAGGACUAUGAUAACUUGUGUUUUGAAAAGCGUGACCCCAGCCAACAAAUUUAUCUGGGAUCAAGGGCAUAUAAGCCCACUAGAAAUUUCGACUUGUGAAGACACUACUCAGAGCAUGUACUGCCAAUUGCUAUGUGGGCUUGUAGAACGAGGAAAUGUAUCUCGCCUUGGCGCACCAUUUGCUUCUACCUUCCUCAAAGUAAUCAAGUUCUUGGAAAAUCACUGGAGUGAGUUAUGCUCAAACAUAAGGACAGGCCGUGUCAGCGACUGGAUCACAGAUGCUAACUGUGUUUCAGGGAUCGGUAAGUUCCUCGAGGCUCCAAAUCCAGAACUAGCGAGCCUAAUCGAGCAGGAAUGCAGUAAAACAUCGUGGGAGGCAAUAGUGAGGAGACUAUGGCCUAAUGCAAAGUGCAUCGAAGCCGUAGUUACCGGGUCCAUGGCACAGUAUAUACCCAUGAUGGAAUUCUAUUGUGGCGGUCUUCCUUUAAUUUCAACGUUUUAUGUCAGCUCUGAAUGUUCCGUAGGUCUCAAUUUAGAUCCUCUGAGCAAGCCUUGUGAUGUGUCUUACACCACCAUCCCAAGUAUGGCAUACUUUGAGUUCUUUGAGAUCAAGAAAUACCAUCAAGAAACUGGUCAUGAUCCCGUGGUCGUCGAUCUUGUUGAUGUUAAAGUUGGACAUGAUUAUGAACCUGUUAUAACAACGUUUUCUGGUCUUUAUAGAUACCGUUUGGGGGAUGUUUUACGAGUAACGGGUUUCUACAACAAUGCGCCACAGUUUCGUUUCGUGGGAAGACAAAAAGUUGUUCUGAGCAUCGACAUGGACAAGACAUACGAAGAAGAUCUCCUCAAGGCAGUGGCAAAUGCUAAGCUCUUACUUGAGCCACAUGAACUAAUGCUCAUUGAUUUCACUAGUCGUGUCGAUUCCUCCUCGUUUCCAGGACACUACGUGCUCUAUUGGGAACUCGGGUGUAAGGUCAAGGACGUGAAGGUCGAGCCCGACCCUGAGGUUAUGGAGGAAUGCUGUUUCGCCGUGGAGGAAUGUCUUGACUCGGUGUACAGAAAUGGACGAAGGAAUGAUAAGAACAUUGGACCGCUUGAGAUUAAGGUUGUUAAGAGUGGCGCCUUUGAUGAGCUUAUGAGUUUCUUCGUGUCUCGUGGCUCUUCUGUGAGUCAGUUCAAGACUCCAAGGUCGUUGACUAAUGAAGAGGCCUUGAAGAUAUUGGAGGCGACAGUUGUUUCCAAGUUUGUUAGCAGGAAGGUUCCGUCGUGGGAGCUACAUGAGCUGCAUUCCAGCCGAUAAAACCAAACCCCCGUUACAAGUAUGUAAUCGAAUAUAAUAAGUGUUAUCUUAGUCGUUGUUGAGUCAUGUUCUGUAAUCGUCCUUUUUCUUUGUUGUUGUUAAGACAAUCUUCUAUAAAUCGUUUUAGACCAUAACAACUU